UCUCCUUUACAUAAAAACCCAAACUUCUCUCUUUCCUCCAAUAUCGCAUUUUUAUAGCUCGUUGGCGAUGAAUAACGAAGAGCGAAAAAUAGGAGAUCAAAUAAUCCAUGUUGUGCGCGCGCCACUCCGCGCUCUUUGCCGUGCACGCAACCGCUACGUCCGCAGCAUGAACAGCAUCGCAGACCACGUUCCUUACGGCGCCUGCGGUGAGGCAGUGAGCUACGCCAACAACUACGGCGACGAUGCUAGAAACUUCAGCAACGCUCAACUCUCUUCCGGCGAAGAGGAUUUCCGCGAGCUCGUCCGCAUAAAUUCGCAAAGCCGUGUAAUUGCUUCUAGAGAGGCAGUUUGGCGUAGCCGGAGCGUGGCAGUGGGGCGGAUCGACGAGGACGCGCCCUGCUAUUUCUCCGGCGAUGUCGGGGUUGGGGAAAGUCUAAUUUUUUGCAGGAGUCGGACUUACGGAGCCGGCGCAAAGAGGGCCGUUGCUGCGCCAAUGUAAAAGUUUUGUUGUCACUGCCCGUUCAGUUAUAUAUGCAGGAACACCAAUUCAAGAAAUGAAGCAUCCAAAAUUUGAUCAAGAGCAGCCGCAGAAUAUUAACAAGAAAGCAGGAGUAAAGACCCGACUACCGGCUCUGUUUGGCUCUGCUUUUUCAAAGCGGUGUGGUUCGAACCGCACCGGACUUGUCGUUUGGGUUCUUUAUUUUUAUGGCUUUUUCUGAAUCACAAAAGACAAACUUUGUUUUGUGAAUGCAUAAUAGGGGUUACUGCCGCGGGCUGAGGCUGUGUUUUCGUAAUCUUUACCCAAGCUCUUAGUGCAUUCACAUGGUGGCCGAUCUCCUCUCAUUCUUUCCUACUCUUCCGUUGUUUUCAUCUUAGCUACUCCUAUUUUCUUUUUUUUUUUUCAUUUUCUUCUUUCGGUGAUUGAGGAUUAACAUAUUUACCUCUCUUUUUCCUCACCUAGGCUAAUGGAUUCAGUGUAGUUCAUUCCUUUCUAUGUGUUAUGUGUUUUCGUUCGCAUAUAUUAUUGAGGGUUUGGCUAUGGUAUUUCAGCAUGAGUUGUAUGAUGUUUCAUCCUUCAUUUGCUGGUGAUUCGAUGGAAUAAA